GUACAGUUCAAAACUCUAAUAGAUCACAUAACAUGACUUAUUAGUAUAAUUAGUGUAUCAUAAGAAUAUAUAUUAUGUUAUUAUACUUGACUUACUACCAUUCAAUUCGUCAACCUCACAUCACGAUCCAUAAGAACUAAGCCUUGUUCCGAUUAAUUUCGAUUUGAGGGUUCGAUGAACAUGUUCUAAUAGAACAACGUAUAAUACACGGGCCAACUACAUCGCUGGCGGAACCAUACGUGUCAACAACAUCAUGACGCUUACAACGCUGCGAAGACAUGCAUCAACAAGCGUACAGGAUAUAACACGGCUGGUGAUUUAACGAUGGCGACUGUUGGUUGAUAUCCAGGACCUUCAGCCCCGCCCAUGUGAUUUAAAUCGCGACCUUUUCAGUGACGACCCGAUGACCCCGUAUACGUUCGAGGGUACUCCCGAAGAGGAUACGGUGAAAAAAAUCUUCAAAUUGAAUAUCAAACGUAGGUUCGUCGUCUCGCUUCUUCUUAUUUCGUUUAAUGCUAUGGGAAGAAAUAUGACGGAAGUUGUACGACGUCAUAUCAGGAGUCUUUCUUAUCCCGAAGAAAGCGAAAUGGGGAUAUUCUUUGCCCUCGCAAUACCUUUGGACGAUCCAAUCACGACGUACUCGAUGUCCGUUGCCUUUUUCUUCGAGGCGAAUUAUAAGUUGCCGACGAAGGAUGAUAUCGACUUAGAGGUCAAAGGGAAAGAGAAAAGGCAAAGAAAAAGCAUAGAUCGCACCACGGUCUAUACCAUGUUGGAAUCAAAAUUUAAAUCAAUCGGCUAUCCGGCUCGACAGUGCCUUCUCAGAUCUAUAUGCGAGACCACACGACUGCCCUGGAAGCUCAAUGCUGGUGUCCUUGGAGAUCUUUUGAGAAUCCUGUUCACACCAUCCUCAUCACGUUUAGAAGUCGAUCUUCACAAGGAAUACGCCGAAGCUGAGAAGGUCGAUGGUACGAGGAAAUGUUCCGAAAUUUAUUCCACCUGCAAGUACGGGAUUUACGACUACAUAACGCUCCCCUAUCAGGAUUUGUGAGAGUAGCAGCUUGCCUUCGGUCGGUCCUUCUCUCUACCCUCCAGCACUCUUGGUUGGUACGACGCUCUCGAAGCUCUAAUGAAAACUCACGAAAGUUUGCUAAAUCGGAAAGACCUCGUUUUUCCGAGCGCUUUUCUUUCCUCGUUCUGUCUACGUAUGUACAUCAUUUUCGAGUUUCUACUGAUAAUAACAAUGAUAAUAAUAAUAAUAAUAACAACAACAACAAUAAUAAUAAUAAUAAUAAUAACAAUAAUAACAAUGAAUUAUUAUCGUUAGAUAAACAUUAUAGUAUAUGUAUUGUCCAUUGUUGGUUCGAUCAAAUCUCUUUUCUCUCUCUUCUCCCUUUCUCUCUCAUUCUCUCUCUUCCCCGUCUAUACGAAUCGAAUCUCGAUCAAAGCCACGUAUACAUACGUGUCUAUGAUUUUAAUCGAGGGAUUUGUUCGGUGGUUCGCGAUAUCGCUGAGCUUUAAUAACCGUAAUUUCGAUAGCAACGGGGAGUGAAUUUGCUCGGUCGACAAUGCAGAAUAUUUGCUGCGAUAAUCUAAUCCAAUAUUCGUCCAACUGUAGGGCUUGUAAAGCUCCGGACUGAUUUAAAAUCCAUCGGCAAAGUUUUCAUGAAAAUUAGACAGCUUUCUUUGCAUUGAACUCUCAUUGUUGUAGUUUUGUAUAAAUAUCAAAGAGAUAUUCAUGCUUUCUUUGAUUUUCCUUUAUUUUAUUAAAUUUCAGCUACAUAUAUUAAAAUGGUUUUUGGAAUGUAUACAUCUUUCGAAACUGUAAAAUAGUCAAUUACGUUAUUUCACUUAAACAACGCACACGCAAUGUUUGAUCAUUAAUAAAAUUUACUAGUUAGAUGAAAGCACGCCGAUCAGUGACGUAGUCAUUUAUUUGAGGAUUCCCUAUAUUGCAAGACUAUACAAUAUAGUUUAUUUUCUUCAAAAACGUUACUAUUUCUAUAUUUACUGUUUCUGACAGAAUAUGUUUCUUAUUUUUCAUCCGAUUAAAUCGGUAGCAUUACAAAGGACGAGGAAAGAUGUAUUUAAAAAUAUUUGAUUACUCAAGUAUUCAAAAGAGCAACAAUUCGACGUUUCCUUUGACGUUUUAAUUCGUUAACGCAUAUAUAUCUAAAAGAGAAGAUAAAAAACGAUUGUUCUGGCUUUUUUGUUGUCGCGACUCGAUCAUUAUAAAGCAUUUUUCUUUUUUCCUUAUUUCUUUUCUUCCUUUUACUUUCUUCCUUUCUUUCUCAGUCAAGGCUGUGAUCUUUCGUUUUUACAGGAGCCACUCCCGCAUUACGUGCGCCAACGUAAUUCCAUUAUGUAGAUAAAAUCAGCUUGUUUACUUCUUGGAAAGGAAGCUCCUUCGACUUCUUCGUGGUGAAUGUCUCAUAGCUUGGCCAUUCUUGCAACCGUGCAGUUAGAAUGAGAAAGUUCAAUCAAGUUGAAAACGAGUGUAAGAAGGAAUGAUCGUUUUAUGCUUUUCUCAUAUAUCCUUACCUCCUCUGUAUCCACUCUUACACUCACUCAUUCGUUCGUAUAGAUGUAUUCUCAAGCAAUAAAAAAUUUGAAACUAUCUCUCAUCUUUCCUAUUCUUAACAUCUACUGGAUCGUGAGAAGCGUCAAAGGUACGUAAUACUCGAUACGAUUAUUUGGAUCUUAUCGAGGUCGAAGGAAAGAAGGAUCGAGUAUAAAAGAGUUUAUUACACUAAAGGUAAAAUCAAUAAGUAUAAAAAUUACAGAUCGCGUUGCAUUAAGGAAAUAGCAUAAAUUGAGGGCAAGAAAAUACAAUAAUGAUCGAUAAUUUACAAUAUUAUUUAUAAAAUAUUGAAAAUAUAUUAUAUAAGUUUGAAAAAUUUAAUUGAUUCUAAAUGUAAUAAGAUAU